UCUCCGUGGGUUUCUUUGCGGGCUCAUGGGUCUCAUGGCCCUUCGCAUCUGUUUUCGUGUCCCUUUUUUAGGCUGGUUGUCCGUCCUAGGAUGGAGUCAGACGACGAUGUAAUGACCUAUUUCCUUUGUUCUGUUAUCUCCUGUCGGUGUGCGAAGUUGAGGGCAGCGGGUCGUCUUCAGCUGGUGCGAUGUCCUCCUCACCGGGGUUUUCCAUGUGGUUUCUCUUUCGUUGUGGUGAGCUUUGGGCGGGAUCAGGACAGGGAUAGAAUCCUCUGCGCCCUCUAUAUAUAUUGUUGUCCUGCAAUCGGAGUACUGGGCUGGGCUUGAUUUUGUCUGUUUUUUUUUUCUUUCUUUUUUCUAUUGUUUAUUUUC